AUGCUUGGAAGCAGCGAACAGCGCAGGAGAACUCCUCAAAUCGAAGAACAAGAAUUGGCCUCCAAAACUAUACAGAUUCAGAACAAGCGCUUUUACCUGGAUGUCAAGCAGAAUUCUCGUGGUCGGUUUAUAAAAAUUACAGAAGUUGGUUUGGGAGGUCAAAAAUCCCGAAUUUUAAUGUCUGUGCCUGCGGCACAGGAGCUACGAGAAAGGUUGGAUAAACUGAUCGCAACUCUAAACGAACUUCCACCACACAAUCCGAAGUCUCUUGCUUCUGAUGGUUUAAUUGAAUCGGAAACUAUUGUGCGAGAUAAUCGACGCUAUUAUCUUGACCUUAGGGAAAACGAGCGAGGUCGGUUCCUUAGGGCGUCAAUGCUUUCAAUGGGUGUCCGUGUCCACAUAGCCUUACCAGCAGAAGGCGUCUGCGAUUUACGAGAUGCGCUUGCGGAUCUUAUCAAGGAUUACUGCAGUGAGGAAGACUUGGCUGCGACUUCAGACCUUCCAGAAGCAAAGGUGUUGUUUGCCGGAAAUAAGACCUUUUUCUUUGACGUGGGUUCUAAUCGCUAUGGUGUCUUUCUUCGUAUCUCUGAAUUGCGUGCCAAUUAUAGAACAGCGGUCACUAUCCCAGAACACCAUUGGCUUCGUUUCCGUGACAUUUUGACCGAAUUGGCUGACAAACCCGACGGAAAUAAGUUGGUAGAUGACAAAAAAUCUGACGCAAAAACGGUGACUGAACAAAAUGACGAGGAACCCAAAACUGCUGAAGAUGAGCCGCCAGCUGGAAUAAGCCCUGAGCCGACUGCCAUCCCCGUGGCGUAG